UCGCAACUCUUUCCUCGCCAUUUCCUUCUUUAUGUUGCAGAAACUCUCUCUCUCUGUCUCUCUCUCUCCCACGUAUAGCCUCCACAGCUGUCUCAUUCUUUUCUCUGACACCAAACAUCUUUCGCUACCGACGCUGCUCCUCCCUUCCAUGCAACCCUUCGCAAUCCUUCAUACUCUCACAACUUCGGGUCUUAUCACCAUUAUUGGCUUGAUGAAGAACUACAGAUCUAAUUUUGGACUGAUUGACCACAAAAAUUCAUUGGGUGCACCCCUUUGCCCUUGUAGAGGGUUGUUUUGUUUCAGACACUAUGAUGACAAAGAUGCUGAGGUAGGGCAAGGCUUUUGGAACUGUCCAUGUGUUCCCAUGAAAGAAAG